UCCAUUGGUAAGAGUGACAGAGAAAGGAGAGAUGGAUCUUGUUCUCUUCUAUUUCUUCUGUGCUUUGCUCUCAAUAUUUGUUCUUUACAGAAACCAAAGGAAAGAGGCAGCAAAGGGAGCAAACCUCCCCCCAGGUUCUUUAGGUUGGCCAUAUAUCGGAGAAACUUUGCUUUCGUACUCUCAGAAUCCUGACGUAUUCUUUGCCACUCGAGCAAAAAGGUAUGGCGAGAUAUUCAAGACACAUAUUCUUGGAUGUCCCUCUGUGAUGUUAACCAGCCCUGAAGCCAUUAAAUUUGUGUUGGUCACACACGCAAAUUUGUUCAAGCCAACAUACCCUCCCAGCAAGGAAAAAAUGAUCGGUCCACAGGCACUGUUUUUUCACCAGGGAGAUUACCAUUCCCACAUGAGAAAACUGGUUCAGUCCUCCCUUUCCCUUGAUGUCAUCAGAAACCUCGUCCCCAGCAUUGAAACGGUGGUCAUCUCAGCCCUUGAGUCCAUCUCCGGUGGCCAUAUAGUUCAUACUUUCCAUGAGAUGAAAAAGAUAACUUUUGAUGUGGCUGUUUUGUCUAUCUUUGGUCACUUGGAAAAUAAAUACAAAGAAAUGCUGAAGGAGAACUACUUCAUCCUAGACAAAGGUUACAAUUCUUUCCCCGUAAACCUUCCUGGAACACUAUACUCUAAAUCAGUCAAGGCAAGGCGAAGGUUAGGCCAGAUUCUUCACGAAAUAAUUGAGGGGAGAAAGGAGAAGAAAUUAGUUCAGAAAGAUCUUUUAGGUACCCUAUUGAGCUCCAGGGAUGAAAAAGACCAGCCUUUGAAAGAAAGUCAGAUUUCGGAUAACAUCAUCGGGGUUUUGUUUGCUGCUCAGGAUACCACUGCUAGUAUCUUAUCAUGGAUUCUCAAAUAUAUUCAUGAUGACCCACAGCUUUUUCAAGAUAUUAAGGCAGAGCAAAAGGCGAUUUAUGAAGCAAAUGAUGGAGGGAAAAGGCCACUAGCUUGGGCUCAAACUAGAAAUAUGCCACUAACAAAUAAGGUUAUAAUGGAGAGCUUGAGAAUGGCAAGCAUCAUAUCCUUCACCUUUAGGGAAGCAGUUGAGGAUGUUGAAUAUAAAGGGUACUUUAUUCCCAAAGGAUGGAAGGUGCUUCCUUUGUUCCGAAUCCUUCAUCACAAUCCCGAGUUCUUUUUGGAUCCACUUGUGUUUAAUCCUUCAAGAUUUGAGGUUGGACCAAAGCCUAAUACUUUUCUGCCCUUUGGAAAUGGAGUUCAUUCAUGUCCUGGAAAUGAAGUUGCCAAGCUUGAAAUAUUUGUUUUGGUCCACCAUUUGGUCAACAACUUUAGGUGGGAAUUAGUAGGGUCCAAAAAUGGAGUUCAUUAUGCACCAUUCCCAGUACCUGAGCAAGGGCUGCCUGCUAAGUUCUGGAAAGAAUCCAGCGGCAAGGAUAACUAGCUUGAACAUGUAACAUGCAGAGUUGUCAUCUUCAGCCUUCCUGUUCUUGCUGUACAAAUAUUAUGUUACCAUACUUUAUAUGUGGCAGCAUAUGCCAGUGUUGAUUUUCUCAAUGUUUUUUUUUUUUUUUUGGGAGAAGGAUUUUCUCAGUGUUUUAAGUGUUUCAUGCGUGUUGGUUUUGGCUUUGUACUUUUGAGAACCUUUAAACUUCUGUCC